AUGGUUUACAGUUAUUUCUAUAAGAUUAUUAAGGAUUAUAGGAAUAGUCUAUAUAGGGUCAUUACCGAGGUCUAUCUUCUCAUUACGGAUAAGGAAGCCAUCCAAACUAAGCAACUUCGGCUGCUCUAUCUAGAUAAUAAACGAAAUAUUGUCCGAGAGGGUGGUGUCGACCCUGAUAUUUGGCAAAUAUACGACAUCAUCAUACAGCAUUAUACGAACCCCCUUUAUCCUUACGAAAUUUCGACUGUUGGUGAAAAGUAUCGGGUCAAUGGGGAAUUGGGAAAGGACUUGUAUCAGUUGUCUAAGGAAGAUUUUGGACCACAUUGA